AUUUAAGCGCGCUGAUGCAACGAGACUCGAGUCUCUCACAGGAGCAGGAAGUUAUCGAGCAGCGCUGUUUAUCUGAUUAUUAAACCCGGAUUAUUAACCUAAAACAAGUGAUAGAGUGAUGAUGCCGACUCUGUCUCCAUUCGCGGGGUUUCCCGCCUCCACGCUGAGCGAGCAGCUCAAACUGGCCGAGAUUUUCAGCCUUCAGGCCGCCAUGACCCCCAGCGAGCUCACACACACGGUCAAGAGACCACUCGGCCUUCUUCAGAGCGAGAUGGCUGAUGAGGAAGAGAGGAGGAAGAGGAGGAGAGAGAAGAAUAAAGUCGCAGCAGCACGUUGUCGAAACAAGAAGAAAGAAAGAACCGACUUCCUCCAGAAAGAGUCGGAGCGGUUGGAGGUAGUGAACACCGAGCUGAAGUCUCAGAUCGAGGAACUGAAGCAGGAACGUCAGCGUCUCAUCCACAUGCUCAACCUCCACCGUCCCACCUGCAUCGUCCGCACCGACAGCGUCCAGACCCCCGAGAGCGAGAAGAACCCGCUGAUGGAGCACAUCUCGGCAUCGUGAGACGCUCCGGAGACCUGCGGGAGGACGGAGUGGAUGGAGAUUUCACCCUCAAACCGGACCACUUCCUGGAUUUGUGGAAUUUCUAGAGACUUGAAACACUCUGGAUGCUUUUUUUUUUUAAAAAAAAGAAAGAAAGAAAAGCAGUUUUGUCCUGAAAAAGCGGAAAGUCGCCAAAGGAACAUGAAGAUGGACGUGAAGGUAUUUGGGAGGUUUUUUUUUUUUUUUUUUUUUUUUUUAACCUCAAACCAGAAUUGCAAAAAAAAAAAAAAAAAACCCUUGAAGACCACUUCCUGUUUUUUCUGUGUGUGUGUGUGUGUGUGUGUGUGUGGUUUUUUUUUUUUUUUUUUUUUUUUUUAAUUUCUCAGAGAUGCUAAAGCAUUGGAUAUCUGGAUGUUUUUUCUUUUUUUUUAUUUCUUUUUUUUUUAAUUUUAUUAUUAUCUAUAUAAAAAUCUUUGAUUUGAUUUCUGUGAUUUUUUUCUUCUGGUUUUUAGUCUUUUUUUUUUCCCAUCCUGACAAGCGGGAGAAACAGGAAGUCUCACUUAGCGGCUCGCUGAGACAGACACGAGACAGAAGUGAGACGCGCAAAGAAAUUCCCAGAACUCUUGAAAGAAAAAUGCUUUCACUUCAAAAAGCAGACUCACUUCCUGAGUUUGUGGAUUUCCCGAUUAUUUCCCGAUUAUUUCCCGAUUAUUUCCUCACAACGAGACGCUCGUGAGACGGAGACGAGACACAUACGGAUGGACUUUGUUAAAAAUUAUUAUUUUAUUGCUCCAUCUCAGUCCUCGAUUUCUGUUUUGUUUCACUGACCACUUCUUGUUGUUUUAUUUUUUUAUUUAUUUUUUUUGUGUGUGUGUGCAUUGACUUCCUGUUUGUAUCCUGGGAAACAGGAAGUCACAGAAGUAGCAGUACGUCUUGCCUAGAAAGCGUCUAUCCGAACAAUUAUACGAUAUAUCGCGAUCUUCGACAUGUAUCGUUAUCGUGAACGUCUCAGAACAUCAUCACUACUUUUUCAUUAGGAAGGGAGCAAAACAAAAUGGCCGACAGAACGGUCGCUCCUAAUGAAGGGUUAUUUAUUACCGUGGUACUUAGCAUGAAGGUGCGAAACAAGCUAGUUAGCGUGCUAAUCGGAAAACCUUCACUGUGGUCACUAAGUAAUUGUUAACAUUAGCAUUGUAAUUAGCACAAUUGUGUCGUAACCUGUGGAUAAACAAAAUAAUGACUCGGUCACAUGACUGCAUUAAUGUACAAAACUCUGAACAGCCACCAGAUGGCGCUGUUGAUCGCGGAAUAUUUUGUUUUUUGAAAAUGAACAAAGAUUUUUUUGUCAGAUUAUAAUAUUUAACAUAAUUUAGUAUGUGUUUAAAAAACAUACGCUAUCAAGUUUUAUGUAAACAGAGCUGAAUUAAUAUUUAUUGAAGACAAAACUUUCUAAAUAUAACAACCUAAUAAUAAUAAUAAUAAUAAUAAUAAUAAUAAUAAUAAUGUAACUUUAUCACCCCCCUGGUGGCAAUAAAUAGUAUCACGCUCAUAAAUGCAGGUUUCAUCUUUGAAAUAAACGCCAUUAUCGCUGCUUUAUCGUCGAUUACUUCAGUAAAACGACGAAUCGGUCGCCUCUGAUGCUGAACCCCGGUGUUAUUGUGGUUAUUGUAAUAAUAAUUGUAUUGUACGUGUAGGUUUUUAACGCAAUGUAUCCUGUAUUCCGUGAUAUCGAAUGCUACGUGAAACACUUUUUACAGUCACUUGAUGUGAUGAAUCUGCCGUAAUGUUAUUUUAUAUAUUAUAUUGUUAUAUUAAAGUUUUUAUAAGGUGUCGAUGUGCUGAGAUCUGCUGCGCGGAGUCUCUCAGGUCCGUCUGUUACACAGUAACGUCUUUUGUUACGGUUUGGGAAUAAAAUAAAUGAAAAAUAUACAAACAUGACAAA